GGAUGAUGACGUCACACGGAGUGGGGGGAGGGGCGACGCCGACGUGUCCGUGUCCUGUGCAGAUCGAUGACGUCAUCGAUGAGAUCAUCAGCCUCGAGUCCAGCUACGAGGACCUGCUGAGCUUCGGCCCCGCCGAGCCACCCCUCCCCCUCCCCAGCACGCUCCCGGCCCCGGGGCCCCUCCUGGAGGUUUUCAGCCCCCCCCAGGGGCGGGAGCAGCUCCUGCCCGGCCGAGCUGCCCCCGGGUCAAGGCCGAGAUCUCCGUCGAGCGGCGCCGGCGCCUUCAACAUCAACGAUCGGAUCAAGGAAUUGGGGACCCUGAUCCCAAAAUCCAGCGACCCGGAAAUGCGCUGGAACAAGGGCACCAUCCUGAAGGCGUCGGUCGAUUACAUCCGGAAACUGCAGAAGGAAACGCAGCGAGCGCGGGAACUGGAGCUGCAACAGCAGCGGCUGGAACAGGCGAACAGAGGGCUCAGGAUGAGGCUGCAGGAAUUGGAGCUCCAGGCCCAAAUCCACGGGCUCCCCCUGAGCCCCCCCCUGGCUGAGGGGGGCUCCGAGGAGGUUCCGGGGGGGUCCCCAAUUUCCUCCCGGGGGUCCCCCCGUCCCCCCCGGCCCUGCUGGAGCUCCCACCGGGGCUGGGGCUGCCCCUGGGGGGUCCCGAGGGGGGGGUUCGAGGACAUCCUGAUGGACGAGGGUGGGGGGCUCUCCCCGCUGGGCCCCCCCGGAGCCCUCCUGGCCUCGCCGGGGCCUUCGCGAGCCUCCAGCCCCCCGCAGCAGCCUCAGCAUGGAGGACGAGCCCUGAGGGGGGGUUUGGGGACCCUCCCCCUGUUUUGGGGACCCUCCCCCUGUUUUGGGGACCCCCCCGCCCUCCUUUCGGCCGCUCUGGGUGGGCCCCACUGGGCGCCGCUUUAAGAGUCUUAAAGCGGCCACGCGUUUUUUAAUGGACGGCCCCACCCCUUUAAGGCGCGUUGCCCUUUUAAGGCGCCUCCAGUAGGGACCACCCCCCCCCCUUAAAGGGGCCCCGGCCGGGCGUGGCCCGUUGGAAGGGGGAGGGGCGGCCCCCUCAAUGUGUGGCCCCUUUAAGGCGCUGGCGUCGGGCCCCACCUGGGUGUGGCCCUUUGAAGCCCCGCCCCCUGCGAGGCCACGCCUCUCUCACCCUGCCCCCACCCAAUCAGCGCUCCUGAGGGCUGGGCCCUCGCUUGGAGCCCCCGCCCCCUUUGCUGUCACUCACGUUAACCCUGCCCACCACCAACGCCUCGGGACCACGCCCCUUUUUACAGCGCCCCGCCCACCGGCCCCACUUAAAGGGCCACACCAUUUA